AUGGCUACCAACAUAACAUGGCAUGGAAACAUCACUCAUGAAGAGAGAAAAGUUUUGGCAAAACAGAGUGGUUUAACUAUUUGGUUGACUGGUCUUAGUGGUUCGGGGAAAAGUUCCAUUGCUUGUCUUCUUGAGGAACACCUUUUAAAGAGAGGUUACAACAGUUAUAGAUUGGAUGGUGACAAUAUUAGGUUUGGUCUUAACAGUGAUUUAGGUUUCAGUGAUGAUGAUAGAAAUGAAAAUAUUCGCAGAAUUUCCUAUGUUUCAAAGUUAUUCAACGAUUCUUGCACUUUUAUUAUAGUUUCAUUUAUAUCACCAUUUAAAAAGGAAAGAGAAAAUGCCAGAAAAAUCCAUGAAGCUGACAAUUUGCCAUUUAUUGAAGCCUAUGUUGACGCUCCUUUAGAAGUUGUUGAGGCUAGAGAUCCAAAAGGAUUAUACAAAAAAGCCAGACAAGGUAUUAUAAAAGAAUUCACCGGUAUAUCUUCACCUUAUGAAGCUCCAGAAGACCCGGAAAUUCAUUUAAAAAACUAUGAUUCUCCAAUUGAAAAAUCUGUUGAACAAAUAGUCAAGUACCUUGAAGAAAAUAACUAUAUUAAAUAG